CUCCUGAAUGCCGAGAAAGCACGAGUUCACGAUGAAGUGAUAUCACAGCAGGAGAAACCAGUCAUUAGGCAUUAUGUAAACAUUAGGCUGGAGAGAUGGAUGACACGUUCAAGGAGGGCAAACUCCUCUCUUUUCUUUUUUACCAAGCUGUGCGGGACCAUAAACCUGUGUGGAUGUUGGAGGACAUGCGCAACAUGGAGACAUUUCACUGGGAAGAAGACACCCGGCAACGGACAUACACUCCUUCCCAAGCACUUCUGUAUGCCAUCGUGCACGACCACAGAGCUUAUGCACGAUAUCUGCUGAAUCAGUUCUCAGACAGCGCUCUUGCCAGGCCAGGUGAGCAUUUCUGCUGCUCUUCAUCAUCUGCUCCACACCUGGCCAUGGCUGUCCGCUAUGACAGGAAGGACAUCAUGGCUCUCAUCCUUCAGGUGGCACAUAGAAUGCCCACUCUGCGCUCAUACAUGAACCGAGGUGGAUGUGACCAAAUGGAGGAUGGCAGAACUCCACUUCAUCUAGCAUGUGAGCUAUCACGCUCAGACGCCGUCAUGAUGUUAUUGGGAAAUGGGGCUUCACCGCAAGCUGAGGACCACAAUGGUAUGACACCGCUGGAUCUCAUCCUUGAGCAGCUUUGGACCUCCAAAGUGAACACAGGUGCCAGGAAGCUGUGCCUUGAGAACCUGCUCAUGUUCAUGCCUGAGGUGCGGUUCAAAAUGAAGAGCUCACUAGAAAAGGAUCCACAGUGCUGGUCUAAAGUUCUGGGAGAGGAACAGUUUAACUACCUCGUCGGGAGGAUUCCAGGAACGCUCUUUCUCAUAGCUAUGCAAAGAAUCCUGUCUCAACUGCCACCAGAAGAAUUUCCAAAAAGUCUGGACAAGCUACCCAUUCCGGCUUCUCUGAAACCCCUAACUCAGCCCUUACUGCAGUCCUAACAGUGGCCUGACAGUCCCACUGAAACAUACUUGGAAACUGCUUGGAGUUUGUUUGUUUUGUUUUGUUUCUAAUUUAUAUCAAUGUGACGCGCAUGAAUUUGACAUGUUUGUAUGUGUGUGUGGGGGGCGGGGUGUGUCAUGAAUUGAAGAUCAAAAUUGUCACUGUAACUUGAGUAAACAAAACGUCUUCCUGUUCUCGGAUUAAAUCAUGGAAACACCUCUUUUUUAUUUAUUAAAAAAAAAGACAAUAUUUUUAUAUGACUAGAAAUAUAUGAACAAGAAAUGUAUGAAUUCCUUAUGGUUUUAAUGAUUAUGCAAACUAAUCAAAUUUUACUUUUAUUCUUUCCGGGUUUUACUUUUGAGAACAUGCUUGUAUGUGUCUUAUUGGAAAACUGGAUGAUCCUGCUGACUUUUCCUCCUCACUUUUUAUCUACAUGGCUUUAAAUGCAAAAAAAAUUGUAAACAGUCAAAAGACAAAAGACUGAUCUUGAUCUGAAACGCGUUAUACCAUUAUAAUGUUGUUGUUGUUUUUGUGCUGCAUAAUGUGUCCAACUGAAAGGCAGUAAAAAGACAGAUGUCUUCCCAGAGACUUACUCCCAUAAAUCUGUUCACUGGACAGAGCUAUAAAAUAUAUCAUUUUUCAUUUUCAGUUUUAAGGUUUGUUUUGCACUAUAUUAUCAUUAUACAAUUAUGACCAUACAACUAUUGAAAGGGAGACAAUUAUUAUAUGAAAAUCUGAUCACAUGCCUGUCAACAGUAUUUAAUAUGCAAAUCUGAAAGUGUUUUGUUUUUUUCUUUGUACUGUCCAGCUGUGGUUUAACUGUAACCAUUAUUAUGUUAAGUUAUUUACCUCAUUGUGGACAAAAGAGAGAGAGAGAGAGAGAGAGAGAGAGAGAGAGAGAGAGAGAGAGAAUAAAUGAAUGAGUAACUACUAAUCUGUGACAGCUUUCUUAAUCCUUUCCCCUUUCAUUUUAUUCAUU